UCACUUCAGUAGUUAUAUCAUAUUAUUAUUAAGGACUCCAUUAUUUCAAUGACUGGCGUUUAUAUAUCUCUUGUGCUUUUCCCAUUGUCCACAAUGGCUCCUCCCUCUUUAUCCAUCUAGGCCUUGCACAGCCAACAAAAGUCUCCAUUUCUCCACACAAAAAGAACACCCGACCUCCAAUUAAUCCUCCACAAAUUAAGCCAUGUACUCCUCUGAGCCACCGACAGGUGGGGCUUCGCCAAGACAAGAGCUCCGAGGAGCCCGGCCGCCCCGUCUCAAGGUUCGAAAGGACCCAUACAAGAUUAAGAAGGCUCCUGUGGCGCCGCCUUCUCCCCGGCCUACUGCGCCGCCUCCUCAGCAUCGGCCACCAGUCAUAAUUUACACCGUCUCGCCCAAGGUCAUCCACACCACCCCUAACGAGUUCAUGUCGCUGGUGCAACGCCUCACUGGUGCUGCCUCGUCUUCCUCCACUGCCAAUGCUGCUGCUUGCUCGUCUUCUAAUGUUAAUACUGUUGGAGAAACAGCGUCCUCCACUGCUCGUUUGGAUACAGUCGAGAAGAGAGCACACACAACCGAUGAGGAGGGGCCGAGGAAGAGUGGAGAGGAUGUAUUCGAUCAACUAGGAAUUGAUGUUGGGGCGUCUAGCUUCUUCUCAUCCUCGAUGGAACCAAAUUCUCUUAACCUCUUGCACGAACCCAACCCGGCUGUCGAUGGAAACAGAAAUUUUAUGGAGAAUAAUACCUUCUUGGCUAGUCCUGCUGAAACUUCUACUGGUGGUUACUGGGACCCCUUCAACCAUUACCAGGACUUUGAUCAGUUUGAUCCAUAG